UUUUUAUCAACCUUGUUAUUUAAAUAAAUAUACUUAAAAAUAAUUCACUAUCCAAAGUAAUGUUUUACUUAUAAUAUUUCAAUUUAAGAUCCACAGAAAUGUGUCCACAAUUAUUUUCUUGUCCUUUAUGUGCGCGACCCAGUUUUGAAUCACUGGAUUCGUUGAGAAUUGGUCUUGUAAGUGUAGCAACUCGUCCAUUAAUGUGUCCAAUUUGUAAUGAGACGCUUCUAGGAAUAGAAAAAUUAACAAUUCAUUUAUUUGGUCAUUCUAUCAACACUCUUGAAUCAUCAAAAUUACCCAAAGAAAAUCAAGUAAAAAUUAAUAAGCCUCAAGAUACUGCCAAUGUAAACAAUUUUGUUCCUCAAAGUACUUCAAAAGAAUCUUCAAAUGAAUUAAUUUUCGAUAAACAAUCACGAUUAUUGCAUCAAUCGAGUUCAAUCAAUUUUGAGCAAAAUCUAGAAUCCUACAAACUAUUAUCAUCGAAUAACACUAACCCAUGUGUGAUACAAGCUGAAAAUUCAACGUCUAUUAAUAAACCACACCAACGUGAUGCUCUUCAGCUGGCAUCGACGUGGACAAACGAUUUAUUGCUUCAUCCUGACAGAGAGAAUUCAACAUGUAUUUUGAAGUCUUCAGUAAACAUUGGAAACUGUAAAAAUAUGUUAUCAAAUCAAUUGAAGAAUCAAGUUCUUUCAGCUGAAACAGAUAAGAAAAUUGACUCGAAAAAGUUGACUUUGCACAUUCCAGAUACUCGUCACGCUCCAACUUCUAUUGAACCUGAAGAAAAGAAAGGUGAACGUAAAGUGUCGUCUUCUUUCAGUAAUAAUGACAUUCAUGCUUUACCUCAUUUAAAGUCAUUGAGAAAUUUAGCGUCUUCAGAGAAAACAGAACGAUGUAACUUAUGUGGCUUUCACUUUCCUGAUUAUAAUAUAUUGAUGUUACAUAAACAACUAGUACAUACGAUAGCUGAAAAUGAUGUUAAUGUUAAAUCUGAAGUUUUAUUAAAAAACUAUCCAUGUCAUUUAUGCCACAAAGUAUUUAAAAUACGAGGAAGUUUGAUGGUUCAUAUGCGUGUUGCUCAUACUAAUUACAAUUCAGGACUAUUAUCCAAUGAGAAAGAUUCAAAUCAAGUGGGCUGUAGGAAUGGCUUUAAUUGUCCAACGUGUGGGAAGAAUUUUCGUAAGGAGCAACACGUAACUCAGCAUUUAAAAACGCACGAAGCUAAGCAAUGGGAGUGUGAUGUAUGCAGUAAAAUGUUUACGACAAAAUAUUUUCUUAAAAAGCAUAAAAGAUUACAUUCUGGAGAAAUGCCCUACAAAUGUGAUAUAUGCAAUAAAACAUUUACCUUUCAACAAUCAUAUCACAAGCAUAGAUUAUAUCAUAAGGACGAUAAGCCUCAUACAUGUACUACAUGUGGAAGAUCAUUUAAAGAGCUUUCAACAUUGCAUAACCAUGAGAGAAUUCAUACUGGAGAAAAGCCGUUUGCAUGUGAGACUUGUGGAAAAUGUUUUAGACAGCGUGUUUCUUACUUGGUUCACAGGAGAAUCCAUACAGGAGUUAUGCCUUAUACUUGUACUGCUUGUGGAAAGAGCUUUAGAUACAAGGUCAGUCAAAGAACACAUAAAUGUCCAGCUGCAGUAGACACCAGUGAGUCAUUAGAACAAUCAGAGUCUCAUUUACUUCCUGUUACCAAGAUUACCAAUGAAAAUAGUGACCUUUCUCUUACAAGCAGAGAAAAAACUCCUUUACUAUCAGAUCCCCCUCUUUCAAUAGAUCCGAAUCAGGUGAACAAAUUUAUUCUGAUUGUCAAUAGUGAUGGACAAACAGUUUUAAAAAGAGAAAGUGAUUUGAACUUGAAUAAUGCUAGUAAUAACAAUAAAAUUAAUGGAAAUGAAAACAGUAAAAUAAAUAGUUGGGAAGUAAAAAAUUCUACAGUAAAUCUAAUAUCUCAGGACAAUGGUGAUAAUGUUCUCAGAGAAUUGUCUCAGAGAAAUAAUAGAGCUUUAGAAAAUUUAUUCAUAAAUCCAAGAGCAAUUGAUUUACCUGUUACUAAUUAUAAUUCUCGUAGCAAUUUGUUUUCUCCAUCUGUAGAAAUGAAACAACUAAGAUUAUCAUCACCAACGAACGAAGAUAUUUUUAUGAGGCCAGAUGAUCCUUUUAGGACUUUAAGGGAAAUUCCAACCGACCUGCAUAAAGACAUAAAACACGCAAUUGAUGGUAUCCUCAAGGAAAGAUAUAUUGAAGAUAAUCCUCUAUCUCUAGAAACAAUAAAUGAAGAUUCGUUCAAGCAAUUGUUAUAUGGAAUCGAUAAGGAAACAUGAGUGAUGUCUUUGAAUGGAUGCCGGACACAUUGCGUAUUCUUUACUGAAUGAUUAUAGUAUUGUUUACUUAAGAUAGUAGUGAGAAACAUUAAUAAAGUGCUCAAAUAAAUGACACCAUUAAUGGUAAUAAUAGAAAAAGACGAUAAUAAAAUUAACUAUAAUAUUAAUUAUCAUAACCAAAAUUAUUUGUAAUGUUUUUUAUAAAUAACUUUAUA